CGUAGCAACGCAGAAGCGGCGCGACUCGUUGCUGGUUCUUUAUGGAGGUUGUUGCUUGCUUGCUCUGCCUCUGGAGGCUGCAAUGGAUAUUACAAGAGGAAGCCUGGAUGGAAUUUCAAGGCCAGCAUCUAGCUCAAGAAUUAAUCAUGGAAGCAAAGUUUUAAGUUCAUCCCUAGAGAUUUUAACUCCAGAACCAGACCUGUCUAAGGUUGAUUUUUACAAUAAUCACAUAGGAGAGAACUCAAAAGAAAAUUAUGAUAAAAAUGGGGAGGAAAAUAAAACUCAAAAAAUGAAGUUCUCAGAACAAAUAUCUGAAGAAAAAACUGAUCAGCUGGUGGUACAGCAUACAAAUCAGGUGGCAGAAUAUUCUUCAAGUUCAGCAGAUUCUGAAGAUGACUGUGCUGAAAAGAAACUUUUUUGCAGCAGUGCUUCUCAGAAUAAGCUAGUUGAACCACAAAAAGUGACAUUCAGCUCUGCAAACCUGGAUAAUUCUAAGGAGAAAGGUAUAGAUCCUCUCAUUCUGAAAGCAAUAAAGAAGAUGAAAAGGUUGGACCAGAUAUUGGCAAAUAAACAAUCCCAGGAAAGAGCUGUCAAAAAGCAAGGCAGAGAAAUGAGAGCAAAACUAUGGGAAGAGCUUCAGUCUAUGACAUCCCGAAGUUCUUCAGUAAUUAUUGGAGAGGAAGAAAACACCAGCAGAUUUUUAGCUUUGAACACACCAUUACCUGGAACACCUGAUCUUUCUGCUUGCGAAGAUUAUGAAACGUUUAACAUAUUUGAAACUCAGCUUCCUCCAGAAAAUUAUGAGACUAACAGAAAACAAACAAAGCAAGUAACUGAAGGUGAUUCAACUGACAGAGUAACAAGAAGUUCAAUGAAGAAAAUGGAAAAUGUUUGGCCAAAAGGUGAAACAAGCUUAAAGAACCCUCCAAACUUUGUUAAAAAGAACAUAGAGCUGGCCAAAGAUUCGUCAAGUCAAGUUAUUAUGCUAGAUGAGGAAAGACAGAGACUAUCAGAAUUACUGAAAGAUACUGAAAAUGACAGCAAUAAACUUCAAGCUGAGGAAGAAGCAACUGGAUUGUUAGUGCCAGGUGAAGGAUAUACACCUGAACCAAUGGAAUAUCAUCACCUUGCAGAAAUCAAUGCUAAACUCAAAAUAAUAAUAUCUGAUGGAGAUUUGCCUGUAGUUCAGGGCUCCUGUUCAAAAGCUUCCAGAAAGAUUUAUCAGGAAUCCUUGGCUUAUGCAAAUAGAACGCUGAAAACAAUUCCAGGUGAAAAGGUCUUAAGAGACACUAAAGAAGAACGUGAUCAACAAAACAGGCUUAAAGAAAUCGACCAGCAGCUGAAAAACCUAGGAGAAACUCCAGAUGUACUUCCUUGCCUCUCAGAAGAGCAACUUAAUGCCCUUCUGGAAGAUUGUAUGCAAAGCACAAGAGGAUGCAGGCUUGAUCUGACAAAAUGUCAGGAAAAUUCUCUUGAGAGGAUGAGUCCUUGUUGUGACAUCUUUGAAGACAGUAUGCCAGACUCUAGGAAUGAACUGUUAGAUGAAGUUCAACUACCAGCAAAUCAGGAAAUGCUUGGAGAUGAGGAUAAAGAUAUAUUUUCAAAGGAAAAUGUAGUCUCCUGCUGUAAUCCCAGCAAGACAUUUCUUGAAUUUCCCAUGUCGGGGAAAAGGGGAAAUGAAAAUCAAGACGACCAAGAGGAGGCAGCACAUACUGUUAGUAGCUCUGAAGACUACUUCAUGUCAAUAGUUCUCAGUACAGACAAGACGAAAAAAACUCCUUUUCUUGAUGAACCUUUUUAUUGUGUCAGCAUGAACAAUGCCAACAUUCCUAGCAUGCCACUGAAAACCAGAGGAGAUGAACUGAAAGAUGAAGAUGUUAAUGAAGAGUAAUGUGCUACCAACCUAAACAACAUUGGUAAAAACUAUUUCAUUAAUUCUUGUGUAUUAUUUCAGGAAAAAUUGUCUCAUAAUUAAUGUUUUUGUCUUAUUUUCAUGUUGUAAUGGGACUUCUAAAUAAAUAUCUUCUGAUUGACUGCUCUCUGGGGAUGACUUAUGCACAUGCUAAUGUUUUGCAAAUCUAGAAGUGUUAAAUUCCUCGGUCUGCACAUAUAUACUCCUGUUAUAUCAAUAUGUAUAUUGUGCAGCAAAUUUAUGUAAAUAACAGUAAUACAGACUUUCCUUAGAAUAAGGUAUAUUUAAAUAUUAAUAGAAGUAUUUUGUAAGCUGCUUAUAUGCAUUAUGCCCUCAUAUUAAUGGCUCAUAUGGAAUCCAAUGCAUAUAAAGUCAUAUGUUUUUGGACAUUUCUCCUGAAUGUGAAGCAGUCUGUAGACAUAAGUAUCACUUGAAUAAACAUUUUGGGAGGUGGGCGAUUAUCUGAAGCAUUCAAAUGGCAAGCAUUCUGGAUUUUUGAAAGCAUAAAUGAAACAAAUGUGCAAAAACUGAUGUGGGUAACAUACAAAAACUAUCGGCACUUGUUAAUCUGUUUCUCUACAUUUGGAUGU